AUGCGGCUGCGGCUGCACCAUAUGCUGUGGUCUAAAUUUUUGUUUCGAAUUAUGAAUGGUGGUGGUCAGAGACACUCUCUUUCAAUGUCUGUUUGCGUGUUCACACUCCGGACACCAAACAACCCUGAACUAUCCGCUGCUUGGAGGAAUUUCGCGAGAUCUUGCCCACAGGGGUGCUGCACUCGGCGGAUCGUUUUCGAGCGGCGGCUGCACCACAUGCUGUGGUCUAAAUUUUUGUUUCGAAUUAUGAAUGGUGGUGGUCAGAGACACUCUCUUUCAAUGUCUGUUUGCGUGUUCACACUCCGGACACCAAACAACCCUGAACUAUCCGCUGCUUGGAGGAACUUCGCGAGAUCUUGCCCACAGUGGUGCUGCAGUCGGCGGAUCGUUUUCGAGCGGCUGCUGCACCACAUGCUGUGGUCUAAAUUUUUGUUGCGAAUUAUGGAUGGUGGGAGUCUGAGACACUCUCUUUCAAUGUCUGUUUGCGUGUUCACACUCCGGACACCAAACAACCCUGAAUUAUCCGCUGCUUGGAGGAAUUUCGCGAGAUCUUGCCCACAGGGAUGCUGCACUCGGCGGAUCGUUUUCGAGCGGCUGCUGCACCACAUGCUGUGGUCUAAAUUUUUGUUGCGAAUUAUGAAUGGUGGUGGUCAGAGACACUCUCUUUCAAUGUCUGUUUGCGUGUUCACACACUGGACACCAAACAACCCUGAACUAUCCGCUGCUUGGAGGAAUUUCGCGAGAUCUUGCCCACAGUGGUGCUGCAGUCGGCGGAUCGUUUUCGAGCGGCUGCUGCACCACACGUUGUGGUCUAAAUUUUUGUUUCGAAUUAUGAAUGGUGGUGGUCAGAGACACUCUCUUUCAAUGUCUGUUUGCGUGUUCACACACUGGACACCAAACAACCCUGAACUAUCCGCUGCUUGGAGGAACUUCGCGAGAUCUUGCCCACAGUGGUGCUGCAGUCGGCGGAUCGUUUUCGAGCGGCUGCUGCACCACACGUUGUGGUCUAAAUUUUUGUUGCGAAUUAUGAAUGGUGGUGGUCAGAGACACUCUCUUUCAAUGUCUGUUUGCGUGUUCACACUCCGGACACCAAACAACCCUGAAUUAUCCGCUGCUUGGAGGAACUUCGCGAGAUCUUGCCCACAGUGGUGCUGCAGUCGGCGGAUCGUUUUCGAGCGGCUGCUGCACCACAUGCUGUGGUCUAAAUUUUUGUUGCGAAUUAUGAAUGGUGGGAGUCAGAGACACUCUCUUUCAAUGUCUGUUUGCGUGUUCACACACUGGACACCAAACAACCCUGAACUAUCCGCUGCUUGGAGGAACUUCGCGAGAUCUUGCCCACAGUGGUGCUGCAGUCGGCGGAUCGUUUUCGAGCGGCUGCUGCACCACAUGCUGUGGUCUAAAUUUUUGUUGCGAAUUAUGAAUGGUGGUGGUCAGAGACACUCUCUUUCAAUGUCUGUUUGCGUGUUCACACUCCGGACACCAAACAACC